GGAGAGCGAGGGGAGGCAGCGCAGGCACCGACAGUGCGGCCCCAGAAUUGUUGUUGCUGCAGACGCCCAAGGAUCGCCAAGCCAUGACUCUAGCUGCUUACAAGGAGAAGAUGAAGGAGCUGCCUCUCGUCUCCCUCUUCUGUUCCUGUUUCCUCUCAGACCCUCUGAACAAACCAGCAUACACGUACGAAGCAGACACGGUAGACCUCACUUGGUGUGUCAUCUCCGACAUGGAAGUCAUCGAACUCAACAAGCGCACCUCGGGGCAAUCUUUCGAGGUCAUCCUGAAGCCCCCAUCAUUCGACGGCAUUCCUGAAUUCAAUGCCUCACUGCCCCGGCGGCGCGACCCAUCUCUGGAGGAGAUCCAGAAGAAGCUAGAGGCAGCAGAGGAGAGGAGGAAGUACCAAGAGGCCGAGCUGCUGAAGCACCUGGCAGAGAAGCGGGAGCACGAGCGGGAGGUCAUCCAGAAGGCCAUUGAGGAGAACAACAACUUCAUCAAAAUGGCCAAGGAGAAGCUGGCGCAGAAGAUGGAGUCCAACAAAGAGAACCGCGAGGCCCAUCUAGCAGCCAUGCUGGAGCGCUUGCAGGAGAAGGUCUGCUCCCAACCUCAGCACGGAAGGUCCCACCCUCACCACCUCCAGCUCCCUCCAAACCAUUCCUUCUGCACGGAGCUCACCCAGUGCCCUUCUCCAAGCUCCUCAGCCAGCCUUGGGUCAGAGGCAGAGAGCACGAGAUAAUGGCGGACAAUCCGAGCUCACCCCGUCUCCUCGGGGUUCCCGCUCCAUCUUGUCUGGUGGACGUCUACCUCCUAGAUAGAGGGCAAGGACAAUCGUUCUGUCUGUCCCUGAGUGCCUCCACCAUCCUUAAAACACCCUGGGGGAGGAGAGGACGCUGUUGACCCACCGGUGUCCCCGUGGGGACGAACCUCGUGCCUUCGAAACCCCUGCGAAGCCGCCGGCCCGAAGUAGGGAUAUCUAACACGUCCCUCCUUCCCUCCCACCUCCCCACAGGACAAACACGCGGAAGAAGUGAGGAAAAACAAGGAGCUCAAGGAAGAGGCCUCCAGGUAAAGAGGCGAUGCUUGGACUGACAGCUCCGGGAGGUGUGGAGGUUGCCGCAGCACCGGGCCGGCCGGCGGAAGGGGACGUCCCUCUGCUUUCGUUGUUUGUGAAUGUACAGAGUUGACCAGUGAAGCCAUCCUAGUCGUUUUGGGGAGGGUGGGGAGGGAGGCGAGCGGACGGGUGGGCCUCGAGGCGGCCGUCUCCAUGGGGUCCAUCAACGCCGCCCGCCCAGGAGGUCGGAAGGAGCCAGCCCGGGGCCGGCGAGGUGGGGAUGGAGCGGGUGGGGAGGGGAAGGGGGAAAUGUGCAUUGUGUGUGACUUUCGUUUGGUGCUGGGCAGGCAAGAGCCCCUCCAGCCGUGAUUCUCCUCUGUCCCACCCCAGUGGGGCAAUGGCAUCUCUCGGUGACCCUCCUCUCUCCAUCCCACCUCAUCUUCAAGGCCUGGAGCUGGAGUGUACAGCCCCACAGACCUCACAGCACUGUUUUGGGGAUGGGGGUGAGGAGACCCCUCAUUGGAGGGAGUCCAAAGGCUUUACUUGGCUGCAGGAUGAUCCUUUCCAAGGGUGAAAUCGGAAAGACCCAUGACUUCCCAAAGAGCUGCUGGAUUUUGUAAGAGAUCUCUCAAGGCUCAUCUUCUCGGGCACUCUUGGAUGAAAUCCCCUUUCCUGCUUUAGGGCAGCAGGAAAGCUGUCAGCUUUCAGAGGCAGCAGCUUAAACACGUGUUUGAAUAAGGAGGGUUGGAGCAGGAAAGGAAAACUGGGCGAGGUUGCGGAAACUGUGAUGGAACAAAGAAAAACAAGAGGGAAAGAGGACCUGCACUGGCACAGGCUGCCAAGAGAAGCCAUGGGUGCCUCAUCCCUGAGGCAUUCAAGGCCAGGUUGGAAGGAGCCCAUGGCAGCCUAAUUUGGUGGGUGGCAGCACUGCCCAUGGCAGAAGGUUGGAACUGGAUGAUCCUUAAGGUCCCCUCCAACCUAAGCCAUGCUGUGAUUCUAUGACCCCACCCUGGAGAGCAGGGAUGGGAUACACCAAAUGCAGCCUGACCCUGGCACCUCUAACCCUGCUCCAAACCAAGGUCUCAGUCUCCUCUAUGGCCAAAUAAGGUUUUCCUAGCACUGAUUCAGAUCCAGGAGGAGCCAUGUCUUUCCUCUUGCCAUGAGAUUCUUGCCCGGACCCUGGGGCCGGGGCGGGGGGCAGCCUUGGGCCCGGAGGGGCUGCCAAAACUGAGAGUGUGGGAGAAGGCAGCGUGUGAAGGAGAUGGAGGGGGCUGUUCUAGCUGUGGCACGAGCUGUCCUUUUUUUUGUAUACAACAAUUGUAAAUAAACUGCCUUGGCAUUUCUUUGGUUUUCUCAUGA